AUGACUACCGAAAAUUAUGUUACUUUGUCUCGCACAGGUGAUAAAAUGCCCCUUGUUGGAUUUGGUUGCUGGAAAGUCUCUCCUCAAGAUGCUGAAAAUACAAUUUACAAUGCUAUUAAGGCAGGUUAUCGUUUAAUUGAUGGUGCUGCUGAUUACGGUAAUGAAGUUGAAGUAGGUCGUGGUAUCAACAAGGCUAUUAAAGAGGGAGUUAUUACUAGAGAGGAAAUUUUUGUUGUUACAAAGCUCUGGAACACGUAUCAUAAUAAGACUCAAGUCCGUCCUGCUUUCGAAAAGCAGUUAAAAGAUCUUGAUUUAGAUUAUGUUGAUUUAUAUUUGAUCCACUUCCCCGUUCCUUUAAAGCAUGUUAAUAUUAAUGAAAUUUAUCCCCCCGGUUGGUAUCAACCUAAUAAGACUGAAGUUGAAUUUGAGCCUUCUCCCAUGUAUGAAUGUUGGCAUGAAAUGGAAAAGUUGGCUGAAGAUAAGUUAGCACAUAACAUUGGCAUUUCUAAUUUCAAUGUACAAAUGAUCUUGGAUUUAUUAACUUACGCACAAAUUAAACCUGCUGUAUUACAAGUUGAGCUUCAUCCUUAUCUCCAACAAAGUCGUUUGAUUGCUUGGGUUCAAUCUCAAGGUAUCCAUAUUACUGCCUAUUCAUCUUUCGGCCCUGCUUCGUUUAUUGAAUUAACUAAUGAUGGUAAAACAACACCUCCUUUACUUGAAAAUGAAGUUAUUAAGGAAAUUGCUGAUAAACAUAAAAAAACAACUGGCCAAGUUUUGCUCCGUUGGUCUAUUGAGAGAAAUAUUGCUGUUAUCCCUAAAAGUACUAAUCAAGAGCGUAUUAAGUCUAACCUUGAUAUUUUCUCUUGGUCAUUAGAUGAUGAGGAUAUGAAGAAAAUUGCUUCUCUUGAUAAACGUCUAAGAUUCAACGAUCCCUAUAGUUAUAAUUUUAAUUUGCCUUUAUUUGAUUAA